GCAGGCCCGCAGACGAGUCUGGGAGGGUUUCCUGGACAGAGGACCCUGUGGCUGUUGCCUUAAGACGUGCAGGCCAGGCCUCAGCUGCCACUGCUCUCCGACCCAGGCCGAAACAGGCAGCAGCCCCAGCCAGUGCACCAGCAUGGAACUUUGGGGCGCCUACCUGCUCCUCUGCCUCUUCUCCCUCCUGACCCAGGUCACCGCCCAGGAGCCUACCCCCAAGGUCAAGAAGGCUGUAAAUACCAAGAAAGAUGCUGUGAUCCCCAAGAUGUUUGAGGAGCUCAAGAGCCAGGUGGACAGCCUGGCCCAGGAGGUGGCUCUGCUGAAGGAGCAGCAGGCCCUGCAGACAGUCUGCCUGAAGGGCACCAAGGUGCACAGGAAGUGCUUCCUGGCCUUCACGCAGCCCAAGACCUUCCACGAGGCGAGCGAGGACUGCAUCUCGCGCGGGGGCACGCUGGGCACCCCGCAGUCGGGCUCCGAGAACGACGCGCUCCACGACUACCUGCGCCAGAGCGCGGGCGCCGAGGCCGAGACGUGGCUGGGCCUCAACGACCUGGCGGCCGAGGGCGCGUGGGUGGACAUGACCGGCGGCCACGUCGCCUACAAGAACUGGGAGACGGAGAUCACGGCGCAGCCCGACGGCGGCAAGGCCGAGAACUGCGCCGCCCUGGCCGGCGCCGCCAACGGCAAGUGGUUCGACAAGCGCUGCCGCGACAGGCUGCCCUACAUCUGCCAGUUCGCCAUCGUGUAGGGGGAGGCCCGGGCGGAGGGGUGGCCCGGCUCGCCCCCGCCCCCGCUCCUCGUGCAAAUAAAGCUGGUGCCGCUGG